AUGGCCUGGUUCCAGCUGACAUUUGCAUGCGCAGUCUUUUACAAGCAGAUUGUCACAGAGAAGUUAGGACCUGAGAAAGGACUGCUGUGGGUGCAGCUGAUCGAUCUCCGCGGUCCCCGUGGCACGGCCGUGCGGGCCCAGGCACUUGCUGAUCUGGUACUGCUGCUGGGCAACCUCACGGCAGAGGAAGCAGCAGGGAAUGUGACGAUGAUCGAUCACAAUGGGAAGACUCCGCUGCACAAGGCUGCCAUGCUGGACGACGUUUCUUUGCUUGACGUGCUCCUGCAGUACGGUGGUGCCAGCAGUGCCACCCUGGAUGGAGCGCGUGACGCGGACGGCUUCACCGCACUGAUGCAGGCAUUGCUUCUGAACAACACUGAUGCUUCCGACUGGCUACUUUCGAACGGCGCCGCCGUCAGCCAGGCAGACCUGGACCUCCUCACAAGCCGCGGAGUUGAGACGGAGCUAGUGCCAUCCGAACUGACGGAUGCUCCCGCCCACCUCGGCCGGGGCUCCUUCCCCUGGACGGGCCCUAGUGCUGCUGGUUUCGGCGGUUUGCCAGUUUCCAGCCCGAUGCCGACAACUACCCUCUUCGCGUUUUCCACAACGACGAUCGUUACUUUCACGAGCACCACAACUUGGACGACCAGCAGCACUGUUUCCACCACCAUUACCACGACGUAG